UCUCGUCUCUGUCUUCUUCGUCCUCAUUCGUUUUAAAGCAUCAAUCAACCAAACAAAUUAAAAAAAUAAAAUAAAAAUCAUAGCUUUUCGCAUGUAGAUUUCCUCUUUGAAGGUUAGAACUCGCUAAUCGUAACUCAUCGUGACUCGUUCGAGUCAAAAAUCCCAUUUCUUUUACUCAAACCAAUGGCUGGUAACAACCCUCACGAGAACCUUUCUGACCAAACACCUUCUGAUGAUUUCUUCGAGCACAUCCUUGGUCUUCCUAACUUCUCAGCAUCUUCCGCCGCCGGUUUAUCUGGAGUAGACGGUGGAUUAGGCGGAGGAGCACCGCCGAUGAUGCUGCAGUUGGGUUCCGGCGACGAAGGAAGUCACAUGGCUGGGUUAGGAGGAAGUGGACCAACUGGAUUUCACAAUCAGAUGUUUCCUCUAGGUUUAAGUCUCGACCAAGGGAAAGGACCUGGCUUUCUUAGACCUGAAGGAGGUCAUGGAAGUGGGAAACGAUUCUCAGAUGAUGUUGUUGAUAAUCGAUGCUCUUCUAUGAAACCUGUUUACCAUGGGCAGCCGAUGCAACAGCCAGCUCCAUCGGCGCCACAUCAGCCUACAUCAAUCCGUCCUAGGGUUCGAGCUAGGCGUGGUCAGGCUACUGAUCCACAUAGCAUCGCUGAACGGCUACGUAGGGAAAGAAUAGCAGAACGGAUCAGGGCGUUGCAGGAACUUGUACCUACUGUGAACAAGACAGAUAGAGCUGCUAUGAUCGAUGAAAUUGUGGAUUAUGUAAAGUUUCUAAGACUCCAAGUUAAGGUUUUGAGCAUGAGUCGUCUUGGUGGAGCCGGCGCAGUUGCUCCACUUGUUACUGAUAUGCCUUUGUCAUCAUCAGUUGAGGAUGAAACGAGUGACGGUGGAAGAACUCCGCAACCUGCUUGGGAGAAAUGGUCCAAUGAUGGUACUGAACGUCAAGUGGCUAAAUUGAUGGAAGAAAAUGUUGGAGCUGCGAUGCAGCUUCUCCAAUCUAAGGCUCUUUGUAUGAUGCCAAUCUCGUUGGCUAUGGCGAUUUACCAUUCUCAGCCUCCGGAUACAUCUUCAGUGGUUAAGCCUGAGACGAAUCCUCCACCGUAGGAUUUGUGCAAGUAUGGGGUUUGUACAGAAAUUCAACAUGGCUUUUGCUUUCUACUGCUACUUGACUCUGGUGUCUUGCUGAUUCAUCUCUCCUUCCCACACCACAUCUUUGUUCUCAUUGAAAGGUGGACUUUGAUGAAAGCUUCUUUUUUUGUUUCCAUGACUCUAGUGGGAGGUUGAGGAAGGAGCUUGAAGGGGUAUUUAGUAGUAGUAGUGGGAAGUUGUGGGACCUGUUGUGUUUAUGUACAAAUUGAAAAAAAUAUAAAUAUAUGAAUUUGUAUUAUUCCUUAUUUUAUUUUGUAUGAAUUGGAGUGAUAAAGUAAUCAAAUAAAAUUGUGAGUUCCCUCUAUU